AAGUCCCAUAAUGCAACUGUGACUAACUACGUGCGUAGAUGUCCGAUCCGAAGACAAACCAGUAGCUUUUAGCUGCGGGACAUUGAAUGACUUCGUACCCGUGUGCGUUAAGAAAGUUCUCUGUUUGACAGGUUUAGAAUCGGCGCUAAUGGAGGCACUUAUACCUGUCAUAAACAAGCUGCAAGACGUAUUUACAACUGUCGGCGCAGACACAAUCCAACUGCCGCAGAUAGUUGUUGUGGGAACACAGAGCAGCGGGAAGAGUUCGGUUUUGGAGAGCCUGGUUGGCAGGGAUAUUCUGCCACGAGGGACUGGUGUUGUCACACGCCGGCCUCUCGUCCUCCAGCUAGUGCACAUCGACCAAGAAGACCGCAGAAAACCCACAGAAGAGAAUGGCAUCGAUGGAGAAGAAUGGGGCAAAUUCCUACACACCAAAAACAAGAUCUACGCAGAUUUUGAGGAAAUCAGACACGAAAUCGAGACAGAAACGGAACGAAUUUCUGGCAGUAACAAAGGAAUUAGCGAUGAACCCAUUCACCUAAAAAUCUUCUCUCCACAAGUUGUGAAUCUCACAUUAGUGGAUCUUCCUGGCAUCACCAAGGUACCAGUGGGCGAUCAGCCAAAAGACAUAGAGAUCCAGAUCAGAGAGCUGAUUUUAAAGUAUAUCUCCAACCCCAAUUCAAUCAUCUUGGCUGUGACUGCUGCCAACACAGAUAUGGCGACAUCAGAGGCUCUUAAGGUGGCCCGUGAGGUUGACCCUGAUGGUAGGAGGACGCUAGCAGUGAUAACCAAGCUUGACCUGAUGGAUGCUGGUACGGACGCCAUGGAUGUCCUGAUGGGCAGAGUCAUCCCUGUUAAACUGGGCAUUAUUGGAGUAGUAAACAGGAGCCAGUUGGAUAUCAAUCAGAAGAAGCUGGUGGCAGAUUCUAUUCGAGAUGAACAUGCAUUCUUACAAAAGAAGUACCCCUCCCUCGCAAACAGAAAUGGAACCAAAUAUCUGGCUAGAACAUUGAACAGGUUACUGAUGCACCACAUCAGAGACUGUCUCCCUGAGCUGAAGACGAGGAUCAAUGUGCUGGCAGCGCAGUAUCAGUCUUUACUCAACAGUUACGGUGAACCUGUCGAGGAUAAGAGUGCCACGUUGCUGCAGAUUAUCACCAAGUUUGCUGCAGAGUACUGCAACACAAUAGAGGGCACGGCCAAGUACAUCGAGACAGCUGAACUGUGUGGUGGAGCACGGAUUUGUUAUAUAUUCCACGAGACGUUCGGUCGCACGUUGGAGUCAGUCGAUCCUCUGGGUGGUCUGACAACCAUUGACGUGCUCACUGCAAUCAGAAAUGCAACGGGCCCGAGGCCGGCUCUGUUUGUGCCCGAGGUUUCGUUUGAGUUGCUCGUGAAGCGGCAGGUCAAGCGUCUGGAAGAGCCCAGUCUGCGCUGCGUGGAGCUGGUCCACGAGGAGAUGCAGAGGAUCAUCCAGCACUGCAGCAACUACAGCACACAGGAGUUACUGAGGUUUCCAAAGCUUCAUGAUGCUAUAGUAGAGGUGGUCACAUCCCUUCUCAGAAAAAGGCUCCCAGUCACAAAUGAAAUGGUACAUAACUUGGUUGCCAUUGAGCUGGCGUAUAUCAACACCAAACACCCCGACUUUGCUGAUGCCAGUGGCCUUAUGAACAACAACAUCGAAGAGCAGAGACGGAAUAGACUGAGAGAUCUGCCCUCUGCCGUUCCCAGAGAUAAGUCCCUUAGAGGUCCUGGGGGGCAGUCUCUCUCCCCCACCGAAACUUCUGCCCAUGAGGGCGAGGUCACUAAGGGAGCAGCCAGUGUUUCUCAGAGCUCUUCUGUCAGUGACCAGACAGACAGUGGCACGGGCAACUGGAGGAGCAUGGUGAGAAAGGGCGAGGAGAUUCCAGCUGGUGACAGGGCCAUGCCCCAGCCUCUUAUCACUGCAAGUCCCCAGAAGGGCUAUGCUGUCAACCUAUUAGAUGUGCCUGUUCCAGUAUCAAGAAAGUUGUCUGCUCGGGAGCAGAGAGACUGUGAGGUCAUCGAGAGACUCAUCAAGUCUUAUUUCCUCAUUGUUCGGAAAAACAUCCAAGACAGUGUACCAAAGGCAGUGAUGCACUUCCUGGUGAACCAUGUGAAGGACUGCCUGCAGAGUGAGCUGGUGGGUCAGUUAUAUAAGACGACGCUGCUGAGCGACCUGCUGACAGAGUCCGAGGACAUGGCUCAAAGACGCAACGAGGCUGCUGACAUGCUCAAGGCGUUGCAGAAAGCCAGCCAGGUGAUAGCAGAGAUCCGAGAAACCCACCUGUGGUGAGGAUGAGCAAUCUUCAGCAAGCUCUCUUCAUCCUUGUGGGGACCCUCACUGUCUACAUGUGGACCAUCCCACCUCCCUGUCGAGUCAUGCAGCAGCUCAGGCUGUAGAGACAACUCAGAAAUGCACUGGUGUGGAUAUGUGUAUAUGGAAACAUAGUUUUAAUGUACAGCAAGGAAGUAAUAAUCAGGGGAAGUACAUUUUAGUCACUCGCCAUCGGCAUCACGUAUACUUCUGUCCUAGAUUAUUAUAUUUUUCUUAAUGUAAGUAAAACAGUACAUAAAUAAUAUUAUACAUCACGACUAUGUGGGGCCUUGCUGAGGAAUAUGCGCUCCAACUGUAGAUUUUGAUUAAAGCUACAAAUGAAAACUCAUGUGA